GUCCUCAAACUAACGGCAAUAUUAAAAAAGAGAAAAUUCUCAAAUCAAAGACUUAAUACCUUUCGUCAUUAACGCACAUAUUGGUUCCACCGAUUGUUUGUGAAUCGGUUUAAAAACAUCCCCCCUGCUUCAGCUAAAUAUGGUUGCGUGAUUGCACACAAAUAAGAUCAGAGAAGAUCCCCACACAGCUUUUACCAUGGAACUCAAAGUUUUAUAGCAAUUUCAAAGCCAAUUCUUGUUUCUUCUUUCUUUUUGUAAAAAGUCAAGUUUCAGCGUCUACCAUACUGUUUGGUGUUUUGGGGGUGAUGGGUUUGAAGUAUAAUGCUGGGUUAGGGUUGAUUGCUACUGUUGUGUUUAUAUGGGUCGUAUCUGCAGAGGUAACACAGAGGAUUUUCUCAGAAUACAAACAGCCAUUUGCACUCACUUAUCUUGGAGUGUCCCUUAUGGUUGUUUAUUUACCCAUAGCACUUUUAAAGGAUUGGAUCUGCAACUUAUUUAAUGCGAAUUUAUAUAGAAACCUCUACGAUGGCAGCUCGGUUAUCGAUACCUCCAUUGGACUCAAUGAGUUGCCCCAAAGUGCUGAAGCUGACCUUAAAAGAUGCCUGAUAACUGACAAGGAUCUUAGUGAAAGAGAAGAGGGGCAGCCUCUCAACUCAAGUACUGAGAAAGAUGUACCUGACUUGCCUGACCAUGGCGGUGGAACGAGUUCAUGGGAAACUGCCAAGUGCAGUUUAUACCUGACUCCAAUUUGGUUUACAACUGAGUAUUUAUCAAAUUCUGCACUGGCAAAUACCAGUGUUGCGAGUACUACCGUCCUAACAUCUACUUCAGGGCUCUUUACACUUUUCUUCGGAGCUCUCCUCAGCCAGGACAGUGUAAAUGUUGCGAAAGUGGUUGCUGUAUUUAUUAGCAUGACUGGUGUUGCUAUGACCACAAUUGGAAAGACAUGGGCAUCGGAUGAAAUGCUUAGUGUCUCUGAAGCUAAAAGACACUCCAUCAUGGGGAAUAUAUUUGGUCUUCUGUCUGCAAUUUCAUAUGGUUUAUUUACAGUUCUGCUCAAGAAAUCUGCUGGAUCAGAAGGAGAGAAAGUCGAUAUGCAGAAGUUCUUUGGAUAUGUCGGUCUCUUUACUCUUCUUGGCCUUUGGUGGCUUGUGUGGCCACUUAAUGUUGUUGGGAUAGAACCUCCAUUUGCAUUCCCCCAUUCAGCAUCUGUUGGAGAGGCAGUGCUUUUAAACGGCUUUGUAGGAAGCGUUCUCUCAGACUACUUCUGGGCUCUUUCCGUGGUUUGGACAACUCCAUUAGUUGCAACAUUGGGAAUGUCAUUGACAAUACCCCUAGCAAUGGUAGCUGACAUGAUUAUACAUGGCCGACACUUCUCCGCAGUAUACAUCUUUGGGUGCAUUCAGGUGUUUGCAGGUUUUGUUAUAGCUAACGUGUCCGACAAGUUUUCGAGAAAACCGCAGUUGUAGCAAGUCGUUUUGCAAGUUUCAGAGGAGCGUAAAAUGUUUUUAAUCUUUUAAAUGUAAAACAAUGAAACAAUUGUAGGGGUGUGGGAGAUUAGAUGCCUUAAAUCGAGUAAUGUUGCCUGGGGUUAUUUGACAAUUAGAGCAAAACAUGAACAAUAAGGGUCAAUCCAUAUUAGCUUUGCUUUCUAUAUGUUAAAUCAAAUAUUACAUGAACAAUGGUUUGUCGCUUGAAA